GAAUUAAUGUCAGACGCUUGUGAUUCGAAUGCGAGUAAUUUGCUUUACUAGUUGGAAAUCGGUCAGCGGGGUGGUUUGAACAAUUAUAAAGAAAAAUUGUCUGGGUUAGGAUUCAGAAUCCAACUAAGUUUUAUUUUUUUGGAUUUUCAUUUAACGUUUUUAGUUUGUCGCUCCUUUAUAAGGAUUUUUUCGUUUUGUAAAUUUACUAUCUGUGAUUGAAUAUUUAAUUAAGUUUUAAUUUUAAGUGAAUAAUAAUAAUAAUAAAAAAACAACAGAACAAAUAACUUGUGAUAAUAAUUAAAAAAAAAAAAAAAAAAAACGAUAACAAAAUGAUUUUGUUACGCAAAGGAUUUACCACAUCAGUGUUUGUAACUAAAAAUGUUGCUCCCAAAUUGAAUUUAUGGCGUUGUCUUAGUACUCAAAAUGGAUUAUUUAGUAAAAAUAUCCAACAUGAUAAACGAGGAUUAAUCUCAGAGAAGAAAACUGUUACAUUUACUGAGAGGAGUCAAUUAAAAUACGCAAAGCGAUUGGUCGUUAAACUUGGUAGCGCUGUCAUCACCCGAGAGGAUAGUCAUGGUCUGGCUUUGGGACGAUUGGCUUCAAUUGUCGAACAGGUUGCUGAAUGUCAUUUGGAAGGACGUGAAGUAAUGAUGGUAACGAGUGGAGCUGUAGCAUUUGGUAGUCAAAAACUCGCACAAGAACUAUUAAUGUCUUUGUCAAUGAGAGAAACUCUAUCACCAAAGGAUCAUCAUAAUGAAGCUCCAGUACUAUUGGAACCUAGAGCAGCAGCUGCUGUUGGACAAUCGGGAUUGAUGUCCUUAUAUGAUGCUAUGUUUGCACAGUAUGGAGUUAAGAUAGCUCAGGUCCUUGUUACAAAACCAGAUUUCUACAACGAGGAAACAAGAAAUAAUCUCUUCUGUACGCUCUCGGAAUUGAUUAGUUUGAACAUCGUUCCAAUUAUUAAUACAAACGAUGCCGUAUCCCCGCCAAUGUUUAUUAAGGACGAUGAUCUACCAGCCGGAUCUAAGAAAGGUAUUGCUAUAAAGGACAAUGACAGCUUGGCAGCCAUGCUGGCCGCAGAAGUGCAAGCUGAUUUACUAAUUUUGAUGUCAGACGUCGACGGGAUUUACAAUAAGCCGCCAUGGGAGGAUGGUGCCAAGUUGAUGCACACCUACACUUCCAACGAUAUGCGAAGCAUUGAGUUUGGCAAAAAAUCAAAGGUUGGAACUGGUGGCAUGGAUUCGAAAGUUAAAGCAGCUACCUGGGCAUUGGAUCGGGGUGUGAGUGUUGUCAUUUGCAACGGUAUGCAAGAGAAGGCUAUUAAAACAAUAAUUGGUGGCAGGAAGGUUGGAACGUUCUUUACCGAGUCCACAGAAGGAUUUUCCACUCCUGUCGAAACUCUAGCUGAAAAUGCACGUACUGGUGGCCGACAAAUGCAAGCUUUAUCUCCAGAGGAAAGAGCUAAUGCUGUUAAUACACUAGCUGACCUCUUGGUUGCCAAACAAGAUUUUAUAUUGAGUGCCAAUGCAUUGGAUUUGGCUGAAGCUGAAAAAAGUGGUUUAGCUAAACCAUUAAUGUCAAGGUUGUCAUUGAAUUCUGGCAAAUUGAAAAAUUUGUCGGUGGGAUUGAAACAGAUUGCUGAUUCAAGUCAUAAGAACGUGGGUCGUGUUUUAAGGAAAACAAAGUUAGCCAACAAUUUGGAACUUACACAAGUUACCGUGCCAAUUGGUGUGCUGUUGGUUAUUUUCGAAUCACGUCCAGAUUCAUUGCCUCAAGUUGCGGCCUUGGCAAUGGCAUCGGCUAAUGGUUUAUUGCUUAAGGGUGGCAAGGAAGCAGCUUAUAGUAAUAAAGCUUUGAUGGAAUUGGUAAAGGAAUCAUUAGCAACAGUUGGUGCUGAGAAAGCUGUAUCUUUGGUAUCAACUCGUGAAGAAAUAAGUGAUUUAUUGUCAAUGGAAGAACAUAUUGAUCUUAUUAUUCCAAGAGGAUCAUCGGAAUUAGUUCGUAAUAUUCAAGAACAAUCAGUACACAUUCCAGUAUUGGGACAUGCUGAAGGUGUUUGUCACGUUUAUAUUGACAAAGAAGCUGAUUUGAGUAAGGCAUUGAAAAUUGCCAGAGAUGCCAAGUGUGAUUAUCCAGCAGCAUGCAAUGCCAUGGAAACCCUUUUGAUUCACGAAGACUUAAUGCAUGGAACAAUUUUCAAUGACGUUUGCAACAUGCUCAAACGUGAGGGAGUAAAAAUCUACUCUGGACCAAAACUUAGCCAACAACUUACCUUCGGUCCACCAGCAGCUAAGAGUUUAAGACACGAAUAUGGAGCUUUAGAAUGUUGCAUUGAGAUUGUCAAGGAUCUUGAUGAUGCUAUACAUCAUAUUCAUACUUAUGGAAGUAGUCAUACAGAUGUUAUUGUUACUGAAGAUGAAAGUGCUGCUGGUAAAUUCUUAUCAACUGUAGAUAGUGCUUGUGUCUUCCAUAAUGCCAGUUCUCGAUUUGCCGAUGGUUUCCGAUUCGGGUUGGGCGCUGAAGUUGGUAUUUCGACAGCAAGAAUUCAUGCCAGAGGACCAGUUGGAGUUGAGGGUUUGUUGACAACAAAAUGGAUUCUCAAGGGUCAGGAUCAUGCUGCAGCUGAUUUUGCUGAAGGCGGUGAUCGAGUUUGGUUGCAUGAGAAUUUGCCAAUUAUUUCUUAGGAGAUAAGUUGAAAAUGUUAUUUUGUUUGUAAAUUUGGGAUUAUUAUAUCGAUUUUUGUUUGAUUUUUUAAAAUAAAUGAGAUACAUAGCGAA